UUCCGUUCCGCUCCGUCAUCGUCUUGUCUCCUUUCAAACCGUAUCUUUUCUCCAUCUGAGACUGAUUACAUUGCCCGCCCCAACAUUUCCCUUUUAUAACCCUUCUCGCUCCCCCUCCCCCUCCCCAUUUUUAUAUCGGGGCUAGCUAUCCGCUUCACCAUAGUAAUCGUCUGUCUGGUGAAGCUCAAUUGUUUGGAUACCCAUCAUGUCUUUCUCUCCCCCCGUAACUCCUUCCCUUCGCCAUAAACUCCACCGUCCUCCUGUUUCAGUCUUUCAAGCAGCUCCUCUGAAUUCUGGACUUGGAAUAACAGCAGAAGCUAAUCCUUCUGUCCUGUGCCUUGAUGGGAGUAAAGAAAGAAUUAGGGAACUAUUCAACAAGGUUGAACUUUCUGUUUCUUCAUACGACACUGCUUGGGUAGCGAUGGUUCCUUCCUCACAUUCUUCUCAGGCACCUCGUUUCCCUCAAUGCUUGGAUUGGUUAAUGGACAAUCAGCUACAUGAUGGCUCAUGGGGUCUUCCUCAUCGCCAUCCCUUGUUACUUAAAGAUGCUCUUUCGUCUACAUUAGCAUGCGUACUUGCGCUCAAACGUUGGGGUGUCGGUGAAGAACAAAUCAAAAAGGGUCUACGUUUUAUUCAGUUGAAUUUCACUUCAGCUACUGAUGAGUAUCAACACUCUCCAAUUGGAUUUGACAUCAUAUUCCCGGGCAUGCUCGAGUAUGCUAAAGAUUUGGAUCUGAACCUUUCUUUAGAACCAACGGAUUUAGAUGUUGUGCUUCAGAAGAGAGAGUUGGAGCUCAGGGGAUGUCGUGGGAGCUAUUCGGAGGGAAAGAAAGCCUACUUGGCAUAUGUCUCAGAAGGAAUGGGAAAGUUACAGGACUGGGAUAUGGUGUUGAAAUAUCAGAGGAAUGACGGGUCACUCUUUAAUUCACCAUCCACCACAGCAGCUGCCCUUACUUAUCUUCAAAAUGAUGGUUGUCUUAAUUACCUCCAUUCACUUGUAGAAAAGUGUGGAAAUUCGGUACCUACGAUAUACCCUCUAGAUAUAUAUCUGCGUCUCUGUACGGUUGACAACCUUGAAAGGUUGGGAAUUGAUCGACAUUUUAUGAAGGAAAUUAGAAGCGUGUUAGAUGAAACAUACAGAGCCUGGCUGCAGGGGGAAGAAGAGAUAUUUAUGGACAUUGCUACGUGUGCUAUAGCAUUUCGACUACUACGUACUAAUGGCUAUGACGUGUCUUCAGACCUGUUAACUCAAAUUACCAAAGGUGAUGGUUGUUUUGAAUUACCCAGAGGACAUGUCAAGGGAAUAAGUGCUGUCCUCGAAUUAUAUAGGACUUCACAGUUCAUUAUAUACCCAGAUGAAUCUUCUUUAAAGAAACAAAACUCAUGGUCCAGCCAUUUCCUGAAACAGAAGUUAUCCAGUGGUUCAAUUCAUUCUGUUGGACUCGACAGAUAUAUUAGACAAGAGGUGGAUGAUGCUCUUAAGUUUCCCUCACAUGCAAAUUUAGAUCGUGUGGCCAACAGGAGAAAUAUUGAACAUUACGUUGUAGACAGCACCAGAGUUCUUAAAACCUCGUAUAGGUCAUCAAAUAUUAGUAACGGAGAUUUCCUGAAAAUGGCAGUGGAAGAUUUCAACAUCUGCCAAUCCAUACAUUCUGAAGAACUCAAACAUCUUGAGAGGUGGGUUGUAGACAACAGAUUAGACAAGCUACAAUUUGCCAGGCAGAAGAUGGCAUAUUGUUAUUUCGCUAUUGUGGCUAGUAUUUCCUCUCCUGAACUAUCUGAUGCCCGCAUUUCAUGGGCCAAAAAUGCUGUGCUCACCACCGUGAUUGAUGACUUCUUUGACAUCGGAGGUUCUAUGGAAGAAUUAGUGAACCUUAUUCAGUUGGUCGAGAGAUGGGAUGUUGAUGUAGGCACCGAUUGUUGUUCCGAGCAAGUUCAGAUCUUAUUUUCAGCUCUUCACAGCACAAUCUGCCAGAUUGGAGGCAAAGCACUCAGGUGGCAAGCACGGAGUGUGACAGGCCACAUAAUUGAGAUUUGGUUGAAUUUGCUCAAAUCAAUGUUGAAAGAAGCCGAAUGGCUUAGAGAUAUGUCGUUGCCAGCGAUGGAUGAAUAUCUGACAAAUGGAUAUGUGUCAUUUGCCUUAGGGCCAAUUGUACUCCCAGCUCUUUAUUUUGUUGGGCCUAAGCUUUCUGAGGAACUUGUUCGUAGUGCAGAAUUGCAUAAUCUAUAUAAGCUUGUGAGCACUUGUGGACGUCUUCUCAAUGAUAUUCAAGGCUUCGAGAGGGAAACAAAGGAAGGUAAAUUGAAUGCUGUGUCAUUGUGUAUGAUUCAUGGCAAUGGUGCAGUUACUAAAGAAGAGGCUUUGGGAAAGAUAAAGAAUUUCAUUGGCAGCCAAAGGAGAGAACUGCUGAGAUUAGUUUUGCAGGAAAAGGGUAGUGUAGUUCCAAAAGCUUGCAAGGAUGUGUUCUGGAAAAUGAGCCAAGUGUUGCAUUCAUUUUACAUAAAGGAUGAUGGAUUCACCUCGGGUACGAUGAUCAGUGCUGUGAAGUCAAUUAUUCAUGAACCCAUUUCUCUUAAUCAAACGGAAGAAGAUCAUCGAGAAGAUCUAAAACAUGUCAUGAACUAGCUGUAUAUCCUAGUCUUGUGGAUGUUACGCCUCCAAGUGUUAAACAGUUGGGAUUUGUCAACGAAGAGCUUUCUUGUGGCAGUGAGGCAAGACUGACUGGAAAUUUUGGUUGAUACAGAGUUUUCCGUUGCGUUUGAAAUUCGUAUAGAUUCUGUACAACCCCAUUCUUGAUUCGCAGUUGUCUAUUAUAUAAAGUUUCCUAGUCCUUAAUAAAAUUUAGCAUUGUUGAUAUGCAAUGUAAUGCAG